AUGGCUGCUCCCGAUCAAGAACAGCCCGACUUCGCGGCGAUGGUCGAAGUCAUGAAUGUCAUUUCUCGUUCUCAUCUAUCUCUGGCGACGAACUUGCAGAGGAUGGGAAACAUUCCAGCUCUUGAUGCUGGGGCUCAGAUACUGGUUGAGCUGAGAAAUAUAGGUCAGAGACUCGGUGCUCUGGAGCGAGGAGUCGCGGGGAUAUCCACCCGCCUCUCUUCCGCGGAUUACAACGCUGUAGCUCGCUUGACCAACAGCGCUCUCGCGACGACGGCCGACUCGCGGCUUAGUCCUCUACGGACACCGGACAAUCAGGAAGUACCAAACUUUCUGUUGACUCCCGGUGAUAUCGAUCGCCUAAACUCGGCGGAUGUGAAUGCCAUCCUCAACAGCUAUGGUCUGCCGACUGUGGGGGUGGUGGCAGUUCGGAGGCGACAGCUGAAGAAGUACCUGGGCAUAACCAUGGCCGGGAUCUAG